GAUGAAAUCAACUCGAAACCGAAGAGCCACCAUGGUUUCACCGUCAGAGAUGACGGAGACGGUGACGCCACCGGCGUCGACAACCAUGACAACGGAAAGCGAGCGGAUAGAGAGUUCGAGGGAAGUGGAUAAUAAAGAGGAGGAGGAGGAGAAAAUACGGCGUCAGAAGAAGCUGGAAGAAGCUCUCGAAGCCAAAUCUCUUCGCCGCAUUAUCAGUGCUUACCUCAAUUAUCCGGAGGCUUCGGAAGAGGAUUUGAAAAGAUGGGAAAGAUCAUAUCGGAAACUGUCUCCUUCACACAAGGCAUUGGUAUCCCAUUACCCUAUCAAGUUUCAGAGAUUAAGAAGGUGUAUAUCGGCGAAUUCAUAUUUCAUAUUUAAUAUGCUUCAGGCUUUUGAGCCCCCUAUAGACUUGAGUCAGGAACUUGAUGGUUGUGAAGACUCAAAUCUUGAGUGUGCUCCACAUGAGAGAUACACUCUAGAUGAAAGGCACGACUCUUCUUGUCAGCCGGCCUUGACCAAUAGUUGUACAUAUAAGGAAGAAAGCAAACACAUUCGUGAGCCAAUAACAGGAGUGUCUAUCGAGGAGCUUCAAAGGAAGGAAGCUCAUGAUCAUUCAUCCAAGGAUGACUCUGCAGACGCAAGAAUUACUAAUAAGACAUGUGAAUGUGAUGGAGGCCAGUUAAAUCAUGACCAUGGCAGUGUAUCAUUUUCAUCCCAUGAUUGGUUGGAUUCAUCGUUACAGACACAUGUUCCUCUGGUUGAUGUAGAUAAGGUUCGUUGUAUUAUAAGGAAUAUAGUUCGAGACUGGGCAGCAGAGGGUCAGAGAGAACGAGAUCAAUGCUACAAGCCUAUCCUUGAAGAGCUUGAUUCCUUGUUUCCUGAUCGUUCCAAGGAGAGCACCCCUCCUGCCUGUUUAGUCCCCGGUGCUGGACUUGGACGUCUGGCCCUUGAAAUUUCUUGUCUAGGAUUCAUAAGCCAAGGAAAUGAAUUUUCAUACUAUAUGAUGAUAUGCUCAAGUUUUAUUCUGAAUUAUUCACAAGUCCCUGGUGAGUGGACAAUAUACCCCUGGAUACACAGCAACUGCAAUUCGCUCUCGGACAAUGAUCAACUACGCCCUAUUGCUAUUCCAGAUAUUCAUCCUGCAAGUGCAGGAAUAACAGAAGGUUUCUCUAUGUGUGGUGGUGAUUUUGUUGAAGUAUACAAUGAAUCAAGUCAUGCAGGAAUGUGGGAUGCAGUUGUGACUUGCUUUUUCAUCGACACGGCUCAUAAUGUCAUCGAGUACAUUGAAACCAUAUCCAAGAUCCUAAAAGAUGGAGGAGUUUGGAUAAAUUUAGGACCUCUGUUGUAUCAUUUUGCGGACACAUAUGGCCAUGAAAAUGAAAUGUCGAUCGAGCUAAGUUUGGAGGAUGUAAAGAGGGUUGCUUCACAUUAUGGGUUCGUGAUUGAGAAAGAAAGAACAAUUGAAACAACUUACACUACAAAUCCCCGGGCUAUGAUGCAGAACCGGUACUAUACUGCCUUCUGGACAAUGAGGAAGACGUGUGCAAUAGCAACUUAACCAAAUUCAUUCUGGACUUUUUUGUUUCUGGAUUUCUUUUGUUUUUCUUCGAUGAAUCAUCGAUCCAAAACUCACUAUUUGUGUUGUUGUUAUACUAAGUUAAUAAACGAUGUUCUCGAUUUAUGAAUAAAAAACCUUUGUACUCGA